AUUUUUCUAACAGAUGGGUGUACGAAUCUCUACUGUCAAAUGAAAGUGUUGUGACAAUUAAGGAUAAGCAAAGUUAAAAUAAGUACAAAUUAAUAAGAAAACAAAAGACAUUUCAUUUUUUAUGGAAAUUUGUGCUCAUUAAUUCCCAUUAAAAACUGAAUAUCGAUUACUCGAAAUAUAUACUAUUCGAGUUUGAUACACUGCAAGUUCGUGACAGUUGACGCACAGCAGAUCACUGAUGGUUGUUCAAAAGUUGUUGUUUGAUUAAUUACUUUUUUGAAAGAUCACAAAAUGCUGGUCUUCUGUGAUAUUUUUGAUUUUAAAGUGCUUAUAUUUGCUUGUCUGUUGAUAUUCUUACCUAAAAGUUUAGGAAACCAAGGUGCUGUUCCACUUACUCAAAAAAAUAUUGAUCAUACAUUAGCAAGCAAUGAACUCGUAUUUAUAAACUUUUAUGCAGAAUGGUGUCGUUUUAGUAAUUUAUUGGCACCAAUAUUUGAAGAAGCAUCUCAAAAAGUACACGCAGCUUUUCCACAACCUGGAACUGUGGUAAUGGGUAAAGUAGACUGUGACAAAGAAGGAUCUGUAGCUUCAAGGUUUCACAUUUCUAAAUAUCCAACAUUAAAGGUUAUUAGAAACGGACAGCCAACUAAAAGAGAAUACAGAGGACAACGCUCUGUUGAAGCUUUUGAACAAUUCAUCAAAAAACAAUUACAAGAUCCUAUUAAAGAAUUCUAUGAUUUGAAAGAAUUAAAUAAUCUUGAUGAUAAGAAGAGAAUGAUUAUUGGAUAUUUUGAUAAUAGAGAUGGUCUGGAAUAUCAAAUGUUCAGAAGGGUAGCAGCAAAUUUGAAGGAUGAUUGUCAAUUUCACGUUGGAUUUGGCACUUGCUCCAAUGAAAAUUGUGAAAUAGGACAGCAUUUUCACUUGGUGGAUGCGAGUAAGGCCAUGCAUCCACCUGGUCAACCAAUUGUUGUCUUCCGAUCGGAUAAAGCAUUAUCUAAUGAUGAGGAUGAAACUUAUAAGGGGAGUUUGAAAAACUUUGACGAAUUAAAUAUUUGGGCUCAAGAAAAAUGUGUCCCGCUUGUGAGAGAAAUUACAUUCGAAAAUGCAGAGGAAUUAACCGAAGAAGGUUUACCUUUCCUUAUAUUAUUCCAUUCACCUGAAGAUACUGAGAGUGUCAAAAAAUACAAAGAUGUUGUAACUAGAACUUUGAUAGAUGAGAAGCAAAACAUUAAUUUCCUUACUGCUGAUGGUUUGAAGUUUGCACAUCCUCUUCAUCAUUUGGGGAAAAGUUCAGCCGAUUUACCGUUAAUCGCGAUCGAUAGUUUUCGUCACAUGUACCUGUUUCCUAGCUUCCAAGAUAUCAAUAUAGAGGGAAAACUGAAAGCUUUUAUUCAUGAGUUAUAUUCUGGAAAACUUCAUCGAGAAUUUCAUCAUGGACCUGAUUUGCCUGGUUUUGAAACACCACAAAUUACAGGACACGUUAAAGUGCCUACAACUCCACCUGAAUCAACGUUUAAAAAUCUUGCGCCGAGUAAAAAUAGAUACACUUUGCUUAGGGAUGAAUUAUAAUAGUGUUCUUAUUAUGGUGAUACAACAAAAUGAAAUGAAACUUACAGAAUGAAAUAACAAAGUAUAGUCUCAUCAACAGCAAAUUAAUUCAAAUUAUUAAACAGAAAAAGAAGCUUCGUAAUAAUACAUACAAGCGAGUAGUGAUCAUCUGUAGUCUAUUUAUACUCUUGGUCUAUAUCGCGUUGAUAAGUCUCAGUUAUAAAAGUGUGUUAGGAGAAUUUUUAUUACUAUUAUGUCUAAUAGCAUUUUAAUUUUUUUUCGUAUUAACAAAUUUUAUUGAAAAUAUAUAAAUUUAUAUAUUUAAUAUUAAAUUAAACGAAAAAAAAAAAAACAUUAAAAUCGUAAAUGUAUAAAGCCUUAUUUCAGAAAUAUAAUAAUCAGAUACUAAUAAUCAUUA